AUGCUGCUGAUCAUUGAAGCAGCUCUUCUCAUUUUAGCUGCUCUAGGACAGGAUCACAGAGCUGCUGUUAAAGGACAGAUAUUUCCACUGGAUAUGGCACUGAAUUCAGUUGAUGAUGAAUAUGAUGGUUGCACUGUUAAAAUGGAACACCUGGUGGAGUCAAAUUAUCUAGAGAAGGAAAUCAAUAACUCACCUGAUUUUAAAAAGGCUUGGCAAGAAGGUGAAGUGAAUGCCACACCACCAGAAGAUAACCUGACAUGGAAUAAUUCAAUCUCCAUUUAUGUGUACACCAACAAUAAUUCUAAUGUAUACAGCAAUUUUAACAUGGCUGUUCGUAAUGGUAAACAAAACUACACAGACCAGACAUUUAAAUGGUAUUCAAUUCAAUUUUUGUUAACCGAUGCAAUCAAGAAAUUGACUAAAACACAAAAGGAAUGCAAGUCAACGUAUCGUGGUACUACAGUUGAAUUUUAUAAGAAUGUUACUGGAGAAGAUGUUCGUUUUGGCUCUUUUACAUCCUCCUCUCUUGAACGUAAAGUAGCACAAGAUUUUGGAAAUAAAUCUUGUUUUGAAAUCAAAACUUGUGAAGGUGCUGAUGUGACAAAAUAUUCUAAGUAUCCUAAACAGAAAGAAGUGCUGAUUCCUCCAUAUGAGAAGUUUAAAGUCACUUCUGUCAGGACAAGAAAAGAUCAGAAAAAUCUCUGGUGUGAGACUGUGUACAAGUUGGAAAGCAUUGGAAAAAAAAGUGACCUGAACUGUUUAGUGGCAUUCAAGAAACCAACCAAGUUCCUUAAAAAUACACCAACAUUUAACACUUAUGCAUUUUGCAG